GAGGAGAGCAGACUUCCGUGAGAGAAUCACACAGAGACACCCUGAGAGCCCAGAGGAGCUGGGGAGCGCCUGCUAAUGGCUGACAGCUACAUUGAGGAAUCAGAGCCCUUUCCUGAAAAAGGAGAAACUGUGGAGUGGGGUUAUGAAGAAGGAGUUGAGUGGGGGUUAGUUUUUCCUGAUGCUAAUGGAGAAUAUCAAUCACCCAUUAAUUUGAAUUCAAGAGAAGCCAAAUAUGAUCCCUCACUCCUGGAAGUAAGUUUGUCACCAAACUACGUUGUAUGCCGUGAUUGUGAGGUCAUCAAUGAUGGACACUCAGUUCAGAUCCUCUUAAAGUCUAAAUCAGUGUUAGUAGGAGGACCAUUGCCUCGGGGGCAUGAAUUUGAUCUGCAUGAUGUUCGAUUUCACUGGGGCAGAGAAAAUCAACGUGGCUCAGAACAUACUGUUAAUUUUAAAGCUUUUCCCAUGGAGCUCCAUUUAGUUCACUGGAAUUCUACAAUGUACCACAAUAUUGAUGAAGCAAUUGGGAAGAAGAAUGGCAUAGCCAUUAUUGCUUUAUUUGUGCAGAUAGGAAAGGAACAUUCAGGCCUAAAGGCGGUGACUGAAAUUUUGCAAGAUAUCCAAUACAAGGGCAAGUCCAAGACGAUACCAUGUUUUAAUCCCAAUACACUAUUACCAGAUCCACUGUUACGAGAUUAUUGGGUGUAUGAAGGCUCCCUCACAGUUCCACCUUGCAGUGAAGGUGUUACAUGGAUCUUAUUUCGAUAUCCUUUAACUGUAUCCCAACUCCAGAUAGAAGAGUUUCGAAGACUGAGGACACAUGCUAAAGGGGCAGAACUCCUAGAAGGCUGUGAUGGAAUAUUAGGAGAUAACUUCAGACCAACGCAGCCACUAAGUGACAGAAUCAUAAGAGCUGCCUUCCAGUAGCAGAGCCAGAUAUUGAAGAAAGAGGAAGACAAUGCUCCCACAGUGCCCUUGGAUGAGAAAUGGAAAUGUUUGAGGCUGCUGCUUCAGUUUCCUUACAAAGCUGGCUUUGUCUGCCUUCAUCUAAUUCAGACUUGAUAGACAGCUGUGACAGUUGGCCUGUCCACAUGGUCUAGUGAAAUUCUGGGAAUGAGCUUUAUAUUACAAGAAGAAAACACUUUAAAACUUCCAACUUGCUGCUGUUAACUUUUUAUUGCUUAUGGCAUCCAAGUAUUGCACAGCACUGCUCUAUAGCUGUCUGCAGCUCAUAGUAUGUUUGAUGGGAUAAUGAUUACUAAGAAUACACUACACACUAGAUUUAUCAGGUUUUUUUCUAGGCCAGUGUUUGAAUGCUCUUGUCUUCUUUUUGUCCUGCAUAUAAAAAGAUAAAGCAAAGGUAUGUUAUACAAUAUUAACAAUUUACUCAUGAAUGAGAAUAUAUUAUUUGAGAAAUAAUACAUAUUUUAGAAGUUCUAUUCUUUCUCAAUAAAUUUAAAACUACUGUCUUUCACUUGUUAUUAAAGAAGAAUGCAUUGGCAUAUUUUUGUUUGGAUUAAAAAUGGGUAUUUGUGCAAUUUCAGUUGAUUUAGGUACACAGAACACCAGUUGAAGGUUAAAUAUAUUGGCUACAGUUGGGAGAAGAGUUGUAAGUGUGACUGAUUUUCCAGGAAUGGAAGAUUGUUCCAGGAGCAAAAACUGAGGAUACAAAUCCUGAUUAUUUUAUUUUUAUAUCAUGUGCAAAGAGGUGUUUCAGAAGCUUAAAUCCAGUUGCUGCUAAAUUAAAUGCAGUGAAUUAAUGUGAUUUAUAUAAGUGUUGGGAAGUUCUGGGCACCACAAUUCAAAAAGGAUGUUGAAAAACUGGAGCAUGUCCAAAGGAGGGUGACUAAAAUG